CGGGGGUAGAUGAAAAGGGCUGAGAUCUUCACAGCUCGCCUUUGCUAUGGAGGAAAGGAGCUGAAAUGCUCAAGGGUGUGAGCUUGGAUGAUUCUUUCUUGCAGACAAAGUGGGAGAGUGCCCCAGGAGAAGUAUGGAAUGCAGAGAUGGGGUUUUAACCUCAUGCAAAACAGACUUCAACUGUGAGGCGCAUCUCAAGUGCUGUCCUUCUGCCUGUGGGAAGAUGUGCAUAGAUCCUUAUGAAGAGCCCUGCAUGUUACCCUCAGACAAAGGAGACUGCCAUGACACCUUGACUCGCUGGUAUUUUGACUCUGAGAAGUACUUUUGCAGACCCUUCACAUACAGUGGCUGUCGUGGGAAUGCCAACAACUUCCUCAGCAAGACAGACUGCAAGAAUGCCUGCAUUUUUCUUGUGAAGAAAGGACAAUGCCCACUCUUCCCUUUCCAAAUGCGAAUGGAGUGCCCAGCCACCUGUAAGAACGACAUGGAUUGCCUGGAGAAGGAGAAGUGCUGUGAGUCCAAGUGUGGCUUCAUUUGUGCGAGGGCCUGGCUGGUCAAAACAGGCUUUUGUCCAAGUAAGCCCAUGAUAUGUUCGAAGAUCGAUAAGCCCAAGUGUUUAAAGGACAGUGACUGUCCCCUGAAUGAGAAGUGCUGCACACGCUGUGGACUGAAGUGCUUGGAACCCAAAUUCUGAACGAUUUCUGCUCUCAGCCUGGACAGCAACCAGGAAUAAUUACUUCCCUAAUGGAUAAGAGAAACCCUUUCAUCUUUUGAAUCUCCCUUGGCACGAGGUGCAGAUGGUCAUCCGCACACUUGGUACACAACUGUCUAGCAGCCCCUUCUCUUGACGCUCCUUCGACUGUGGAUGUGACAUCUUAGGCUUUGUUAUUGCCAUGCAGGGUGUGCCUGUCCAAGUGGUCCUGGGACUUUUCCAACUCACUGGUCACUGCUGUGGAAUAAUCCUCUUUUACACUAUAAAGAUUUGUCACUCGAAUUGGUUUAAUAAAAUGCCGAUUGGCCAGUAGCCAGGCAGGGAGUAUAGGUGGGGCGGCCAAACUAAGAAUGAUGGGAAGGAGAAGGGCAGAGUUGGAGUUGCCAGCCAGACACAGAGGAAGCAAGAUGAGAAUGUCGUACUGAGAACAGGUACCAAGCCAUGUGGCUAAACAUAACUAAAAAUUAUGGGUUAACUUAAGUGCAAGAGCUAGUUAGUAAUAAGUCUGAGCUACUGGCCCAACAUUUACAAUA